AUGUCUUCAGAAAAACUCAUAACUUUCAAUACUAGCAAUGGUGAGGAAUUCAAACUCACUGAGGCUGUAGCUGUGAGGUCAGAAGUCAUCAAGAACAUGUUACAAUACAUGGAUUGUACUUCUAAUGUCCUCCCCUUGUCUAAUGUUGAUGGCAAAACAAUGACCAAAGUGAUUCAAUAUUGGAAGAAACAUUUGGAAGAAGGUGUUACAGAAGAUCAGUUAAAGAGUUUUGAUCAGGAUUUCUUGAAGAUGGGCCAAUCAGAAUUAGUUGGUGUUCUCUUGGCUGCUAAUUUUUUUGAUGAUAAGUAG